UAAGACCUGAGCAGAGCACAUAGGCACUGCCUGCCUUUGCCUGGUAGAGGCCCAACAAGGUAGCAGGGGAAACUGUGGCAGAGGUGUAGCCCUGGAGACUGAUAUUCAGUGCUAGACUAAACUGGAUGAGAGUCUACUCUCUGAUGGCAAGGAUCUAGAUGUGAACUGAAUCUGGGGAGGGUAAAAGGCUCUCUAGUCUGGGCCUAGGGUGGUCGGGGGAGGGGGGGUUAGUCCUGCUGCCUACCACUGUGAUCUUGGGGGAAACAUCCUUCAAGCCCCGCGGCACGACAUGAGUGAGCAAGAAAGGGAGACAGAAGAGGAUGAAGGUGUUGCCUCAGACACAGCACCCAUGUUACCCCGAAGAAGGCCUACUGAUUACCACAUCUCAGUCCUGGCACCUAUCCUGGCCACCCAAGGCCUCAGGACCCUGGUGCUGUCUGGCCGGGCUCUAGUUGGGUUCCUGCUUCAUCUGCUGCUACCUGGAACAGUCUUCCUGCUGGUGUUGCUGCCAGCAGCUGCCGUUGUCUACCUGGGAUUCCUGUGUCACUCAAGGGUUCAUCCAGCUCCGGGUCCACGGUGCCGAGCGCUGCUCUCGGACCGCGGCUCCGCGGCGCUCAUUGUGUUCGGAUUCCUCUCCCUGCCGCCACUUCUGGUGCUAGCCUCCGCCGCCCGCUCCCUCCUGGUCCGGCGACUACGCCCUGUACUGCCUAAUCACGCGAGGACCCCCGAUCCGUGCCGCCCGCCCAGGAGCAGCGAAAAUCUGGCGGACGGUCACCCGGACGAGGAAAAACAACUUUGUGCUUGGGUCUGACGCCUCAAGGUCUCUCCGUGUCAAGAACCUCCCAGUUCCCUCGACCCCCAUAAAGUGGAUGACUCGGAUGGCUGCUUUGGGGCUCUGAGAGCAGUGCUCGAAGUCGCCAGGAGAUGGCAACCGGGUCCCUCAGAAGAGGGAGAAAGGGUGUCCCUUCAAGAAAAGCAGAAAAGCAUAUGUCCUCCACCCAAUUCUGUGGUCAGCAGCCGACUUUACAGCCAUCUCUGAAUCCCCCAAACCAUGCAUAAUUCUAGAAGCUCCGGUGUAGCCAGUAGCAACCAGACUUCAUGGCUCAACUUGUGGGAUCAGCUGAGUCCUCCAAGGUCAGCCAUGACCUUGUACAGGACAAAAGAUCAGUUGGGUCCAUGGUCAAACUAUUGCCCGGAUCAGGUUUGAGAUAGGAUCUGGGAUCAGUGAUUCAGUGUAGUGCAGGAUCAGCGUGUUGUUGUUAAUAUGUAAUUUAUUUUUAUUUUUUUUGUGUAUUGAUGUUUUGCCUGCAUGUGUAUCUAUUAUGUAGGGGUGUCACAAGCCCUGGAACUGGAGUUACAGACAGGUGUGAGCUGCAAUGUGGGUUCUAGGACUGCAACCUGGGUCCUCUGGAAGAGCAGCCAGUUGUCUUCUAAAGGACCCUGAGCCAUCUCUACAGCUCCUAGUACUCAGCUUGCAUUCGCAGUCAGGUAUCAGUGCAUAUCUAGAACUGGAGCUCAUUCUCUGACCAGGGGUCUUUCUUUUGAGACAAGUGGCAGACUAAGAGCUCAUUUUACAAUGUGGAUAAUGUUAAGAUUUAUCUUUGUAUUUGGCAUGCUACAGUUUUACUAACAUGUUCCUACUUACGCAUAAAUUAUCAUUCUCCUUUCUCUCCCUGUCUCCUAUCUUCUCCUCUUCCUGGGACUUGUACAUACUAGAACUAGAAUAUCUUGUUUCUUUUUAUAUUUUAUAGAAUAUCUUAUUUAUUUUUAUUUUUAGUAGUCCUGGGAUGGACUUAUAAAUGUUAGGCAAGCACUGAGCUAUAGCCU